AUGCAUCACCCCAUAGAACUUGUUCGAGUCAACUCGCUUGACCAAGUCAAACUACUCACAGCUCUCGGAUCCAAGACAUGGAUUAAUGAUCCUGUGUUUGAAUUGUUCUGUCCAGACCGUCAUAAAUCACCCAAGAACUAUCAUCAAUUGUGGAGAAUCAUUCUCAAGGACGAGUUUUCCCAGCCUGGUACCGUCAUCAUUGCCGCUUGCAAGGAUGGAUCCAAGGAUAUGCGCAACGCAGUAGGUUUUGCAGUAUGGCGAAGACACGGCAAAGGCGACAUCGCCCGAAGCUGGCGAAGUGACAGUCUUGGAAAAAGUAAGAUCCUCCUUAAAGCAGAUCACUAUCUCUGGAGAUGUAAAUCUGACAUGCGUCGACAAACAGAACUGAGUAGAUUGGCGGCUAUUCUCGAGCUGGUCUAUUGCAUCAUACUUGGGCGAUUGCCUCUUGUUGGCUUAAUCGACCUCUUGUUGGCACACCGAAAUGUCGAGAAGCUUUACCCAGAGGAACGAUGGCGUCUCUCUUACCUGGGCGUGUCACCAGAUUCACAGAACUGUGGCGUCGGGAAAACGCUUCUGCAGUGGGGGAUUGAGCGCAGCGAAGAGGAAGAAGCGCCUGCGGUACUCGAGUCCAGCAAGCCUGGCAGGGCUUUGUAUGAAAAAAUGGGGUUCAGAGUAAUUGGUUGGCAGAAGAUCAAUGGAGGUAAGCUGCAACACCCGGCAAUGCUUCGGGAGGCACGAGGGCACAAGAAGUUGGUUUGA